AUGUCACUUAUCACUAUGAGAAGGAGAAGGUGCUCUCUGUGGAGGAGCGUCUAUUGCGCAAUUCAAAAGAACUCAAAGAAGAUUAUCGAUCUCCACAAGGACCUCGAGAAGACGAUGGCCGAUAUAUCAGCCGACACUUGCGACCUCUACGAAGCCACCGACCCCCUGUUCACACCAGGCAGUCAGAUCAAGGAGGUGUCGCAGUCGAACGAUGCCCAUCGCAAGACCUACGAGGAGCGCAUGAAUGAGAGCUUCCACAAGCCCCUGGCCGAGUACAUUUCACAGUUCAAGGAGGUCAAGAAGAGAAUGGAGGAGCUCACAACUCGAAAGGUUGAUAUGGAUCGUUACAAGAAUGAGUUGGGCAAGCUACGUGAGAAGGCUACCUCUAGCACAUCAAAGAAUAAGUUGGGACCAACUGAAGAGAAAUAUAGAAUAUGUAAAGAGGGAUAUGAUGCCCUGCACGCAGAGUUGGUCAGAGACCUUCCCAUACUGUUCGAGGACAAGAACGUGUACUUUAGAUUCCUCUUGGCAGCUUUGAUCAAAUCACAAGAGGAACUUUAUAAAGGUAUCGCUCAUGAUUGGAGCCAUCUUCCAGGCAUGGUGGCACAGAUCAAUGAUCAAUCGGGCAAGGAUCAUCCACAUGUGAUUACUCCUCCAACACACUCGUCAGCAUCGAUAAACAUUAGAGAUGAUCCAGCGUUCAAGGCCAACGCCUCUAUCAAAACCAAGUCGACACCAGAGUACUCCACGGCGUCUGGCCCACUGGUCAAGGACAUCAAGGAGGUGCGUCAGCCGGGCGAGGGUCCGGGCAGUCUGGGCACCGUCACCUCGGCCAACCCCGCCUACCAGCACGCCAACACUGGUCAGGUCAAGGCCACGGCCAUCUACGACUUUACAGGCAUUGAUUCGACAGAGCUCACAUUCAAGACUGGCGAUCAGAUCACCAUCUUCAAGAUGGAUGGUGAGUGGUGGGAAGGAGAGAUACAUGGUCAGCGUGGUCUAGUUCCAGCCAACUAUGUAAAGAUA